AUGCGAGACCAUCCUCUUCAACAAGCCAGAGAGACUAAUAUAUGGUAUCCAUUUGAUGGGCCGGGUGAAUGGUCACUCGCAAAAUUCCUUGUCGAGAACCUUUCCCAGACGCAGAUUGACAAAUUUCUCAAGUUAGAUUGGGACGAGUUGUUCUUCUACAUGCAGCAGCUUCCGGGCUGUGGGCCGAAAUGGCAGUGUACGAAACUUAAGCUCAAGGGCUACGAGAGUGAACAACCAAUUCACCUCAUUUGGAGGGACAGGUUGGAGGUUACAAAGCAGCUUUUCGCAAACCCCGUUUAUGCGAAACAUAUGUGCUACAACCCUCACUAUAUCUAUCAAGGACAAGAACACCAAAUUGGAGAAUUCUGGACAUUGGAUGAUGCAUGGGAGAUUCAGGUGAAAUCAACUGCCCAAGGGGCAACUAUCGUCCUGAUCAUUGCUGCCUCUGACAAAACCCCAGUUACAAGACACACAGGUGGCCUCCAGAUGCACCCAUUAUUUCUAACCAUCGGAAAUAUCCAGGCCGAUGUCUGCAUGAAGGCUAUGUCACAUGUGUGGCGAUGUACUGCAUUCAUGCCAACACUGACUUUCAUUGUCAACUCCAAUUUUCAAACUCUACUCCAGGUGUGUCUGUGGCACAAGUGCAUGCACCUCAUAUGUUCUAAUUUGAAGGUCGCAACUAGUGUUGAGUGCAUUACUGUUUUCACCCCUCUUAUCAGCCACAUCGCUGAUCUCCCUGAACAAUUGAUGAUCUCAUGCAUCACGAAAAACUCAUCUCCCGUCACCACAGCGACCCACAAAGAGUUUGGCGAUGAGACACUGCAUCCUCCAUGGAACGGAUUGGACACCUACACGCUUAUCCAGCAGCUUUGCAACCAUGUUGACCCAUGGGAUCUCAUUGCAUACCUUAGAGAGGCCAAAAAGCUUCAUCUCAGCGGGGUGCACUUGCUGUACUGGAGAAACUGGAGGCGCUCCAAUCCCACUAGAUUCCUGAUGCUAAAGAUUCUGCAUGCGCUGCACAACUUUUUUUUCAAUCAUGUUCUUAAAUGGAUCAAGGAAAUCAUGGGUCAUGAACUCAACGUACAGUUCAAGAGUCACCACAAGUGCACUGGUGUGCGCCAUUUCUCUAGGGGUGUCUCUCAUGUCAACCAAAUGACAGGACGAGAGCACCGAGAUAUUCAGCGCAUGAUCAUGCCGACACUGUGGGGUAUGGCAAGCCCUGGUUUCAUCCGCGCUGUGCGGGCAAUGAUCAACUUUAUUUACCUUGCUCAGAAUCCCCUUCACACUGAAUCUAGCAUUGCCUCCAUGACUCAAUCACUUCAGGACUUCCAUGAUAAUAAGCAGGCUAUCCUCGACGCAGAGGCACGAUGGGGAAAGAGCGGUGCUAAGGACGACUUUUUCAUUCCGAAACUGGAACUCAUGCAAAGUUUCACUCAUGCAAUCUCCCAUGUCGGUUCACUCAUGCAGUGGACAGCAGAUGUAUCAGAACGUCUUUUAAUAACUCACUACAAACAUCCAUUUGAACGCACGAGUCAUCAGAGAGACUUCGUCUUGCAGAUCACCUGCAUCCUUGAUCAGGAGGAAACCAUUUGGCUGUUCGAUCUCUAUACACUGUUAUCCUUGUCUUUAUCUACACCUGGUCGGGACCCACUCAUCAACACCAUCGCCAUGGAGGAUGAAGAGAUCACUAGUACGGAGAUAGAUCCUACUUUUGCUUGGGUCUCCAAUGCAAAUACAGCCACCCAGCUACAUCUACAAGCACCGCGCCCUGUUCACAAUCAUUUCUUGAAGGGUAUUUUGUUGGACAAUGCACGGAUUGCUUUCAAUGUGACUGUGAAAGCAGAUCGCAACCGCCUCGAUGCAUCUCAACUGCAGUUGUUAUACGAUAUCGCUGAUUUUUCCCAUACUUUACACCUCUACGCGACCCACAAUGGUUGCACACUCUCUGGCCAGCUAUCAUUCAACACAUGGUUGAAAUUUCACAUCCAGUUACAUUCCACAUUCCACACCCACAGAAUCAUGCCAAGCCAACAAAUUCACACUGAGCCACCUUCCAGUAAUUUUCCUAGAGGGAACUGCGAUGCUGUGUUAUUUAACCAGAGGGUUAAUGGUGGGUCUUAUGUCGCUCAAGUACGAGCCAUAUUCCAGCCAACCCUCCCCAAAGGUUCCCUUGCGCAGCUCCCUGAGUGCUUGUCUCAGGUGCUGUUAUAUAUCCAACAUUUUGACUUCAUCGUGCCUGGCCCCGAGCCAUCUAUGGGCAUGUGGAUGUCGGAGAGGGUGAUCAGACGCGGAUCCAUAAUUCCUCUCACAGACGUUACGCACGCGGUUGUUAAGACCGUGCUCAGGGGUAAAGCGGAGUCGGUGGAGAUUAUACCUGUCUAUCAAGGACCAUUGGGCAAGGAUGUGAAUUCUGGGAACUCACUGGAGGUGUUCGACGAUUAUUUCUUGAAUAAUUUUGUGGACAAAGAACUGUACCACUCACUAUCAGUGAUCUCAGAAACCUAG